CGAACCCAGCUCAUAGCAUUCGUCUGGGAUUUCCAGGAAGACCAAGAUGGGUAUUCAAGGGCUUCUGCCCUUGUUGAAAUCAAUAAUGGAGCCAAUCCACAUUAAGGACUUGAAGGGCUGCUCUGUGGCGAUCGAUACCUACUCUUGGCUUCACAAAGGUGCAUUGUCCUGCAGCAGAGACCUCUGUCAAGGCUUACCCACUUCCAGGCACAUUGACUACUGCAUGCAUAGAGUGAAUCUUCUGCGGCAUUACUGUGUUAAGCCUGUACUUGUGUUUGAUGGUGGUCUUCUACCGAUGAAGGGUGAACAAGAGAACAAACGUGCAAGGGCGAGGAAGGUAAAUCUUGCACGUGCUAUUGAGCAUGAUUCCAAUGGAAAUUCUUCUGCUGCUUAUGAGUGUUAUCAGAAAGCUGUUGACAUUUCACCAUCAAUUGCCUUAGAGUUAAUCCAGGUGUUAAAGCGGGAGAACGUGUCUUAUGUUGUCGCUCCAUAUGAGGCAGACGCACAAAUGACCUUCUUGGCAAUUAGCAAACAGGUGGAGGCAGUCAUCACAGAAGACUCUGAUUUAAUACCAUUUGGAUGUCCUAGGAUUAUAUAUAAAAUGGACAAAUUUGGGCAAGGUGUUGAGUUUCAGUAUUCAAGGCUACCUCGGAACAAGGACCUGAGCUUUGCAGGCUUUACAAAACAGAUGAUUUUGGAGAUGUGUAUUCUUAGCGGUUGCGACUAUUUGCAGUCAUUGCCUGGAAUGGGACUUAAAAGAGCACACGCGCUCAUUAAAAAGUUCACAAGUUAUGACAAGGUCAUUAAGCACCUAAAGUACAGCACUGUUUCAGUUCCUCCCCUAUAUGAAGAAUCAUUCAAGAAAGCAAUACUGACUUUCCAGCAUCAACGAGUUUAUGAUCCCAUUUCUCAAGAUAUUGUUCAUUUGUCUGAUUUGUCUGAUGAUGUUGAAGAAAGUUUGGACUUCCUAGGACCAUCUUUACCACGACAUAUAGCUAAAGGCAUAGCAGAAGGGGAUCUUGAUCCAUUUACCAACACACCAUUCCAGCAACAGAAAGAGAAGAUUAGUGCCAACACAACUUCCCAACCCCAAAAUGGGAAUUUUGGAAAUACAAAGAAAAAGCUAGACUUACCUGUGCAGAAUAACCUUUUGACGAAGUAUUUUUGUUUUGCCUCUCUUGAAUCAAAGAGGAAAUUUAGGGCACCACGAUCAUCACCUGAUGAUCCAAGUCCAGUGUCUAGUUCUAGUCUCAGCCUAGAUGAGAAUACCUCUGUGGAUGAUGCUUAUGGUAAAACCAACUUCUCGGGUUCUUCUCUCGGUCUAGAUGAACAUGUCUCUGUGGAUGAUGCUGUCUGUACAGCGAAUGACUCAAAGUUCACUCUGCUUUACCCUGAACACAUUGGAAAUCUGCCUCCUUGUGAUUCAGUGGAAGAUAGUAUUCCAACUGAUUUAUCGGAAUCUCCAGAUGAUGCACUGAAAAAUAUGGCGGGCAAGACAAGAAGUCCAGACAGUACAUUGUUACAACAGCCUAGACAUUCAAUUCAUAAACCCUGUUUAACACUGCAUAGGGAGCGUGAAUGUAAGAAUGCCCAAGGCACAUUUGAGUGUAAAACAAGGACAGAGAACAAAAAGGUCAUUGUAAGAAGUUCUUAUUUUAAGGGUAAAUCAACCAAUGAAGAUAUUCAGGAAGAUAAACAAGAAAAACUCUUGUUGAAGGAUUCUCUUGGCAAUGAUAUGCAUGACAAUGCAGAUCCUGAGAUUGCUCCUUUCAAGAAUAGCCUAUUCUUGAGAAAACUUGUGAAGAGGAAAAUCUCCCCAAAUGACAGCUUCCAAGAGGACGAUGUGAAACUCAAACAAUUAUGUACUGAUGCUUCACUACCCGAUAUUGGUCCCUGUGGCGCCAGCCAUGAAGCAACCCUUACAGACCCAAAAACUGAAGAAGAAAAAUUCGGAUCCAACAUUUCCCAUUUAGGCCGUUAUUCUGACAUAGCAGAGAAGUCUAUGGAAAACUUCGUUUCAGUAAUAUCAUCAUUUAGAUUUGGCUCAUCUGGUUCUCGAGCAAGUGGCCUCCGUGCUCCUCUGAAAGAUGUUCGAAAUACUUGUACCAAUAGGACAACUGUUGCUGACUUUAGCCAGUUUGAAUAUGUACCAAAUAAUCAGAAGACAAAGCCAACGUCUCGAAAACGCAGAAUUUAGGUUGCUGCAAAACAAUUUUUCUUGCAGCAAGCCAGCAAUUGUUCUAAAGGCAAUUCUGCUUGGUGACUGGGUCCUUGAAGAAUGAUUUCAAGUUCUUAAGGUUUUUGUGGUGAAUCAAGAGUCAUCAUGAGUAGAAUAUCACUCUCUUCAUCCAUUUUGGUUUUGUAUAGAAAGCUCAAAGAACUUGGAUUCUUCCUGUAAGUGUAUUGUUCAUCUGUUGUAUGACUUG